AUGCGGCGGAAAAUCCAGUCGCUCAUCGUCGGAUAUGGCGUGCCGGCCAUCUGGUUCACCAUCAACCCGAACGACAUUACGAACCCGGUGAAGCUGCGACUGGCGGCAUACCGCACACGCGAUCCCGACGCGGCCGAGGAGUUCUUAGAAGGCCUUGGGGAUGCGUAUAAGCGGGCACGGCUGGCGAUAUCGGAUCCCAUGAGCUCGGCCGUGUUCUUCCACCGCGAGAUGAAGCUAUUCUUCGAUCAUUACGUGAAGGUCGGUGAAGACUCGAUGCUUGCCGACAUCCACGGGGAGGAUCAGGCGGCGUAUCGCGAGCGAAUCGUCCGAUACAUCGAUAGCGUCUUCUCAGAGGAUCUGGACCAGGAAAGUUUUUGCGCCGUGCAAGCGGAGCGAUCUGUGACGGGCGGUAUUGGUUCGCUGCUGGACAACGCCGCGCAGUUCUCGGCCGCGUUUAUCGAGGAGGCCAACUUCUGUGCCGGCGCGACGCAGGUGCACACGCAUAGCCCGACCUGUGUGAAGUAUUCCUUGGGCAAAGGAGGGCGGAAAGGGGACCUCUGCCGGUUCAAGGCGCCAUGGAGGUUAGUCGACAAGACCGCCCUCACGGCAGACGGGGUGCUGCAGAUCCGGAGGACACACAGCAUGGUCAAUCGAUGGAACGAGGCUAUUGCUGUCGGGCUCCGGCACAACCAUGAUAUUUCCUUCAUUGCGACGCAGCGCAAGACAAUGGCCCUCAUCUAUUAUGUCACGAACUACGCGACCAAGGUGGAGGACCCGGUGUGGAAGCGUGUGGCGGCCGCGGCCGAGCUCCUGGCCGCCUCAACAGGGAACAGGACGCGACAGUUCCUGAUGAGAGUGGCGAACCGCGUGUUCACGGAGCGUCCGCUAUCACAGGUCGAGGUCGUCGCUCACCUUCUCGGAUAUCCGGCCGAGUUCACCGACAGCAGCGCGUGGGCGUACCUGAACUGUUCUCUGCUGUACUGGGAAGUCUUUCGGCGAUGGCGGCAUCUCCGAGAAGCCAGUGGCGCUGCGGCUAUGGAUGACACCUUGGAUGAGUCGGUGCUCAGGCGGCCGGGCAAGCACGCUACCGUCUGCCUCGACGGCUACCUGAGCAAGGACUUCACCUACGAUGACGAGUCGUGCUACCGGAGAAGGGCAGCCGUGCAGCAUCUUGCGCUGUUCGUGCCGUGGAAGUCCUUCCUGGGCGAAGGAACAGGUGAGAUCAACAGCAUCUGGGCGCGGGCUCGAGACGCUAUGGCCCCGAGAAUAUCAUGUCUCGUCGACAACGUGCAGCUGCUUCGACGAUCCGCCGAAGACGCAAAACGCGACGCCAAGCAAUGGGCAGCCUCGUCCGGCGAUGGCGACCCGACGGUCGCACACGUCGAGGAGGGUGGAGCAGGCGAGGCGGGCGCGGAGUCUGCAGCGGCAUAUCAGCCCAACAGCAUCGGAGACGCAACGCGGCUCAUCGACGUCGUCCGAGGUGCAGUGGGAGCGAAUCAGGUGACGGCCAAGUCGCCGGAGCUCAUGGCAAUGAUACAGCAGCUCUGUCGGUUUCAGCAAUCGGCGCUGCGCUCGACGGCCGAGCUCGAGGCCACGGCGCUGAUCGAACGAGGAGAGGCGGUUAAGCAUGCCAGGGCGGGUAUUUUCCGGGGCCGCACUACCGCCGCAGGAUCAGGUCAAGGCUAUCAAGUCGCAGCAGGGGCGGGAAUGGACGUUCAGUUUGGCCCAUCAACCUCCUUCCUCGCGGCGGGCAAGGUGUUGGCAACACGGCUGACGAUGAACAAGAGGCAGUCCAUCGCUUUUCUGAUGAUAUGCCGCCAGCUCGAUUUGAUGCAGCAGGCCGACGGGGCGAUGCCUGCCAGCUGCGCCAGUUCGUCGGUGGCGAGGGCGGCGGAGCGGUUCAUCCACGGCCAGUCUCGAAUGGAUUGGCAGGAGAAGGAUGUGCUCGUCAUCGACGAGGUGAGCAUGCUCGGGGCGCGGACGCUGCACGCCGUGAACGAGCGGCUUCGCCGGCUUCGCGGAUCGCGGCAAGAUUUCGGGGGGAUCCCCAUCGUCCUCUUCUGCGGAGAUUUUCAGCAGUUCCGGCCGGUCAAGAGAGACAACUCGUUCAAGGCCGAGCAGCGUCACCAGCACGACAAAGCGCACGCACUGUGGAAGAGGUUCACGACGGUCGUCAUGCUGGACGAGCAGAUGCGCGCCGCCGGCGACCCGGAGCUGCAGAGGCUGCUGAAGCGGAUCCGUCUAGGCGUGCAGGAUCGGACGGAUCUAAACCUCCUCAACUCAAGGAAUCGGUGGAACCUGAACAUGGAGGCGAGCCUGGCGUUCCGGGUCCAGCAGCGGUCGACGAUGCGCAUUUUCAUCUCCGAGCACAAGUGGAAGGAGGAGCUGCCGACGGAGGAAGAGGCGAUCAUGAUACUCAACCAGGGCGACGAUAGCGCGAUCCCGGUGCCGGCCGUCUUCAUGUUCGUGGCCGGGAUGCCCAUCGUCGUGAACCACAACACCCACCAGGGGCUGAAGCCAGUGAACGGCGCGAGCUACUCGGCGGUGGAGGUCAUUGUCGACAAGGCGUACCCGGGGCAUCGGAUCUCGGCCGAUAUGACGAUCCACUUCGGGCCGCCGGCGGGGAUCAUUCUCGAAUCGGAGACGACGAGAUAUCUCCACUUCUGCCAGCGAAAAAGGCCGUGGCAACGCAACGACGUCAGCCGAAAGGGUUUGCCGUGCGCAGCAGCGUUCGCGUGCACGGACUACAAGGUGCAGGGCAAAACGCUGGAGCGCGUGGCCCUCGAGCUGCGAGGGACACGGACGACGAAGAUGGAUGGAACGGUGGUGCCCUCGCAGUGCGACCCGUACGGCCUGUACGUGCAGCUAUCGCGCUGCCGAACUCUAGACGGCAUCAUGCUCGUGUCCAAGGUGCGGGACAGAGACUUGGUGGGCAACCGGGUCCCCGAGGAGAUGACUGCCGCACAGGCCAGGCUCGAGGUACUGAGCGAGAGGACCGUUGAGGAGGCGUUGCGCUGGCUGGACGGUGAUGCUGAAGAGUCAAGGCGGCCGGGCUAG